AAGCGAACCGCCAGUCUGCGUCCGGUGUGUUCGCCACGCUGAUCGUCGUUGCGUGUGGGGUUGGCGUGUGGUUUCGUUUUUUGCCACCGGUAUAUUUUUAUCGUCGAUUAAAGUGAACGGGUUGAAAAUAAUUCUGGCGUUAAAGAAUUAUUAUGUUGUUUCAUUGUAACUGUUAUACGAAGUAUUAGAAAAUUAAAUUUUUAUUUUUGUGAGUAACCGUACACAGGUUCGCCUAUGUGCUGUUAGUUAUAUUGAAACCAUUAUGUAACACCGCGAAAAUUCUUCGUGAUGUGCAAUCGCUGUCUAUCAACUGCACUAUGUUAGCGGGUGGACCUGGUUGGUUAGUAUUCUUUAUCGUUUGGUUGUGGAAGAUAGAUGACUCGUUGACAGCUAUGCCAUCGGUCAUACGAAUAGGAGCGCUAUUUACUCAAGAAGAUAAAGACAGUACCACUGAAGUUGCUUUCAAGUAUGCCGUGUAUAGAAUAAAUAAAGACAAACUAAUACUUCCAAAUACUACAUUGGUAUACGACAUAGAAUACGUCUCAUCACAAGAUAGCUUUAAAGCAUCAAAGAAAGUUUGUCAGCUACUAGAAAACGGUGUACACGUGAUAUUUGGUCCGUCCGACAGUCAUUUGGCUGGUCAUAUGGUGUCCAUUUGUGAGUCGGUUAGCAUGCCAUUGCUGUUGACCAUCGCUGACCGGAGUACUGAUAUUUCCAGACGACAUUUUGUUACUGAUAUGUUCCCAGUACGAGGACAACUGGGCCAAGCGUACAGAGACCUAAUUGAAUUUCUCAAUUGGACGAAAAUUGCAAUUGUAUACGACAACGAAGACGGUUUAUUGCUGAUACAAAAUCUUAUGAGAAUUUCAAAAGCCGACUUUUAUAUAAGACAAGUAGACGAGAACACACACAGACAAGUGCUCAAAGAGAUAAAAGACAAACACAUUUUUAACAUUAUUGUUGACGUUCAUUCGAAAAACAUCAACGCAUUUUUUAGAUCAAUUCUUCAACUUCAAAUGAAUGAUUAUCGAUACCAUUUUCUUUUUACUACAUUUGACCUUGAAACAUUUGAUUUAGAGGAUUUUAAAUAUAACUUGGUGAACAUAACUUCAUAUCGCAUAGUAGACGAUGAAAACCAAAAAGUCGCCAUUAUACUACGUGAGAUGGAAAAGUUUCAGAAAAUUGGCCAAAACAUAUUACAUAAAAAUGGUGUUAUACAAGCUGAACCCGCUUUAAUGUACGAUGCAGUUAAUGUAUUUGCCCAUAGUAUAGGAUCAAUAGAUUCAAUAGGUCAUUUUCAAUUGGAAAAUAUCUCAUGUAAAUCAGCGAAUCGUUGGACUAAUGGAACUUUUCUCUACGACAAGCUAAAUGCGGUAGCGAUUGAAGGAUUAACGGGCAGAAUACAUUUUGAAGAAGGUAAACGAUCUAACAUAAAACUAGAUCUACUGAAACUUCACCAAGAAAAGAUUAAGAAAGUAGGCUUUUGGACUCCUUCGACUGGUAUUAACAUCACAAAACAUUCCGUAUUUUACGGUCAACAAAGUUCAAAUGUGACACUCAUCGUUGUUACUCGUAUAGAAAAACCAUAUGUAAUGAUCAAAGAAGAUAAAAACUUGACAGGAAAUUCAAAAUACGAGGGUUUUUGUAUAGAUUUGCUUCAGAGAAUUGCUUCUCAAGUUGGAUUUCAAUACGCUAUUACAUUAGUUCCUGAUAAUAAAUAUGGUGCAUACGAUCCCACGACUAAACAGUGGAAUGGCAUAGUGCGGGAGCUUAUAGACAAGAAAGCUGAUUUAGCGUUGGCAUCGAUGACAAUCAACUAUGCUCGAGAAAGUGUUGUAGAUUUCACUAAACCAUUUAUGAAUACAGGAAUUGGUAUUUUAUUUAAGAUCCCAACCAAUGAACCGUCUAAACUGUUUGCUUUUUUAAAUCCUCUGGCAAAUAGUGUUUGGGGUUUUAUGGUCCUAGCAUACUUGGUAGUCAGUUUAUCAAUGUUCUUUUUGGCAAGAUUUUCACCAUAUGAAUGGCGACCUCAUUCCGAGGAAAUACAUCAGGAGAAACGCUUUACCCUUUCAAAUUGUUUUUGGUUCGUUGCAGGCGUUUCGUUGAGAAAAGAUACUGGAAUCAUGCCUAAGGCUACUUCUGCGAGAAUUCUAGGAGGUAUGUGGUGGUUUUUUACUAUUAUCAUCAUACCAUCGUACACAGCUAAUUUAACUGCCUUACGAACGGUUGAACGUCUUCAAAAGCCUAUACAAAAUGUAGCAGAGUUGUCAUCCCAAGAAAAAAUCGCAUAUGGUACUCUUCAUAGUGGAUCAACAAUGUCAUUCUUCAGAGAUUCUAAAAUACCAGUAUAUCAAAAAAUGUGGAAGUUUAUGGAAAAACAUCAAUCAGUAUUCGUAUCUUCAUAUGAUGAAGGAACUAAAAAAGUACUUGAAGGGAAUUAUGCCUUUUUGAUGGAGUCAACAAUGAUAGACUAUGCAGUACAGAGAGACUGCAACUUAACACAAAUAAGUGGUUUACUAGAUUCUAAAGGAUAUGGUAUAGCAACUCCAAAGGGUUCUGUAUGGCGUGAUAAACUGUCACUAGCCAUACUAGAGCUUCAAGAAAGAGGUGUUAUCCAAAUGCUGUAUGACAAAUGGUGGAAAAAUGCCGCUGAUAUUUGUAUUAAAGAUGAAAAAGUCAAAGAGUUUAAACCUAAACCAUUAGAUCUUAAUGAUUUAGGAGGUAUUUUCGUGUUAGUUUUGUGUGGAUUAACUGUUGCUGUUAUUGUGGCUAUAAUAGAAUUUUGUUGGCAUUCAAAGAAUAAAUCAAAAGACCAACAACAGUCAGUAUGUACUGAAAUGGCUCAAGAACUUAGGUAUGCAAUACGAUGUGAUGGAACUAAACACAAAGCAACAUUAAAACGAUCAUGCAAUGGUUGCUCACCAAUUACAACAUAUGUACCUGCACCAAUGCAGCUAAACCAUGUUACCAGUCAUUUAGACAACGUCCCUAUGAUCGAGCUUCAAAGGCCGGCAAUAAAUAUUGACCACGAAGACAAAUAACAUUUGUCUCCCGAUUCGCCACCAUUACACCCGGCGAGUCGGAGUCCUUUUAAAAAUGUUCAAUUUCGAUUUCAUUGAAUAUUUGUUGAAAAAUUAAACGGAUCAACUGUCCAAUAUUUAAGACUAUUUUAUGUUACGUUAAAACCGUUCUUUUAUUUUACUUGAAAAUUUUGUUAUUAAUUAAAGAUAUAUAAUAUAUUAUGUAAAUAAAAUAUUGUUACAA